CGCUCCACGAGGACCCGGACCGAACCUUCUUUCGUUCUCCUUCCGCAGAAAGUCGAAACCGAAAGGCAGAGUCAGACCUCGAGCAGCGAUUCCCAAUUCCCCCCCUAGGCCAAGGCCGAGAACCAUCACCUGAGUGAGUACCUGACCCCAUGUCCGGCGGCUACCCCUACGGCGGCGGCGGAGGCGGAGGAGGCUACGGAGCCCCGCCGCCCUACGGCUCCACGCCCGCGCCCUCGGCCCCGCCAUACGGCGAGAAGCCCCCCAAGGAAGGCAAGACCUCCUCCUCCUCCUCUGGUUCCUCCCCUUACUACGGCGCACCCCCGCCCCAGUCCUACGGCGGCGGGUACGGGGCUCCUCCCUCCGGUCAGCCCCAGCCCUACGGUGGCGGCGGGUACGGGGGCCCACCUGCCGGUCAGCACCAGCCCUACGGUGGCGGCGGUUACGGGGCCCCGCCCCCCGCCCAGCCCUACGGCGCCCCGCCGCCCUCCUCCGCGCCCUACGGAGCCCCGCCUACUGCGGCACCGCCCUACGGGGCCCCGCCUCCCGCGGGAGCGCCCUACGGCGGCGGGUACGGCAGCCCGUUCGCGGCGCUGGUGCCGUCGGCGUUCCCGCCCGGGACCGACCCCAACGUGGUGGCCUGCUUCCAGGCGGCGGACCGCGACGGCAGCGGGACCAUCGAUGACAAGGAGCUGCAGUCCGCGCUGUCUGGCUACAACCAGAGCUUCAGCAUCCGCACCGUGCACCUCCUCAUGUACCUCUUCACCAACACCAACGUCCGCAGGAUCGGGCCCAAGGAGUUUACUUCUGUGUUUUAUAGUCUUCAGAAUUGGAGGUCCAUAUUUGAGAGGUUUGACCGUGACCGAAGUGGUAAAAUUGAUGCAUCAGAGCUUCGUGAUGCUCUUCUCAGUCUGGGUUAUUCAGUUUCUCCAACUGUGCUAGACUUGCUUGUGUCUAAAUUUGACAAGACUGGGGGCAUGAACAAAGCAGUUGAAUAUGAUAACUUCAUUGAAUGCUGCCUCACAGUCAAGGGUCUGACCGAAAAGUUCAAGGAGAAGGACACAGCCUACUCCGGGUCUGCAACUUUCACCUACGAGGCUUUCAUGUUGACCGUGCUCCCUUUCAUCAUUGCAUGAUGACAAUGUACGCCAGACCCGAGUUUGUAUUUGUGCUCGUAGAGUUGCUUUCAACUGAGCUGUAGUUUCUGGGAGUUUAAUGGAAUGUUUCUGGCUUGCUUCUAACCGUCUCUUGGAGAACUGAGAAUGUGGCUACCUUCCUUUGAGUUGAGAAUAUUGAAAUGGUAUAUCUUGUGCAUGCUUCAGAAUUUCGAGAAUGAAAUGCUUACCUUUGUUGCA